GUGAUAAUUAUGUACGUACGUAGAUCUAUAGCGUUUCAGGAAUACAUUGUAGAGGUUAAGAUCUAGCUUGCUGUACAGAAAUUGGCAUUGGAAAAUGAGUAAAUACAGAGUGAGAAAGUUCUACUCAAAGGGAUCCUACCUUGUGCUAGCUUGGAUGCUGCUUGUGAGUGCUACUGCUAUUGCUAGCUAUAGCUUACUCGAGUCAGUUAUUACAGACUAUCCAGAUUGGCUAGGUACAAUACCACUGUCGUUAUUUCUACUCCUAACAUUUUGUCUCGGAUUGCUAGCCAAUUACAAGCUUCAAGAUUACACAAUAAUAAGGAUCGGAAUUAUCUCCCUAUUUUUUGCAACAAUGGUUUCCAGCAUAUACAUCCUAAUCCUAGGUUCUGGACUAGAACACCGCUUUGAAAAGUACAGACUUCUCAAUGAAGUCGUACUCUGUAUAGCGGUGUGUGUGAUUUUGAUGGCACUGACAUGUUUUGUCUGCACACUACAACUAGGCCUGGAUCAGAUGCCUGAUGCAUCAUCUUCUAGCAUCACUAGUUUCAUCGCUUGGUCUAUGUUCAGUGUAAGUGCUGGUAGCUGGGUUGGGGAGUUUUUGGAUUUUGCCUUGAAGGACAACUGUUUCGGGUUAGUUGAAGAUACAAUAAGUAGUAUCCAGCUUUAUAGUCUGUGUGCUGCUUUAUUUGCAAGUCUUAUUCUUGUUCUCGACCUCCUUUUCGGUAAAAGCUGGUUAAUUAUCGAGCCUAACCCACCAAAAUCAUUUACAUUGAUCUACUGUGUUCUCAAGUUUGCUGCCAAGCACAAAGCUCCCCUCAAUCGCAGUGCUCUCACAUACUGGGAGGAAGACGUACCUUCAAGAAUGGACCUGGGAAAGUCGAGAUACGGUGGACCAUUCACUACAGAGCAAGUUGAAGAUGUGAAAUCAAUUCUACGAUUGUUUGCUAUGAGCCUACCAUUGUGGUUAAUACUGUUUGCACUUGCUUUUAAUCCUACAUUUCAUGACAUUUCACUACAACAUCGACAUAUCAAGUUUCAUAAUUUCACCAACUGCACAUCUGACAUGCUUUUCUGUUUUACGUACAGUGGUCAUUUGUGGUCUAUGAUCGGUAUCUUGGUUUAUGAAUUCUUUAUCUACCCGCUUUUCAGAGAUAAACUUCCAAGCAUUCUAAAAAGAAUCGGUGUUGGUUCGUUCCUUUCUCUGGUUUUGAGCAUAGGUUUUAUUAUUCUAGAAUCAUUUGAGGCAAUGGGAUUGAUAGAAACUGUUAUAUCUUUUGUAUCAAAUGGUUUGCUGUCAGCUCUUUUUCUUUGUGCUAUGCUGGAGUUUGUUUGUGCUCAGGCUCCAUACAAUAUGCGGAGAUUAUUUGCUGUGUAUAUCCUUAUUAAUUAUGGGACCGCUUCAAUUGCUGGCAUUUAUGGAAGCGGUGCAAUUCACCCCAAAAAUAAUACAAUGGUACUGAUACUGUUUGGAAUCAAGGCUACUAUUAGUCUGCUUGGAUUCAUCCUGUACUGCCUCCUGGCUCACUGGUAUAAGAGGAGAGUUAGAGACGAGCACUAUCAUGUACAAACUGUUGUGGAGGAGGUCUAUGAUCGAUAUCUAACAACUCGUAAUCUAGAUUGAGAAUGAGAACUGAUUGUAUCAUUAUUCAUUAUUAUACGUAGUUCAGUAGAAUUCUAUGUAUUUUACAAGUGAAAGUGAAAUGUAGCAGACUGAGUCUAAACAAGAGCUAGAUAAACAAUUAUAGCCAUCAUCAUCAUAAUUAUUGCCCUUAAAACAAAUCAGUUAGAAAAUGCCAUGUAUA